UGAAUUAUGUCAAUAUUACAUCAAACGCAGUUACAUAAUAUUGUCAGUUCCCGUUUUUGCACUCUAGUAGUUACGUGACGGAGAUUGUUUCACGAAACAACCACAAGACAGUGCUUUAUUUUGUUCCUUUAAUUAUUUUGUGUUUGUGUGUGAAAUUAAUGGUUCUGCUGUGUUACAUAUGGUGCGCUUUCGCAUCUCAUCAUUCACAUACUAUCCCUGUGGAAGGUUAUGAGACAGAACUACAAGACCUUGGACAACAUGUUGAAAUACCAGAAACGCCGGUGAAAGUGAUCAAAAUUACAAAGACAAUUGCUGUUAAAAUUCCAGUGCCUUAUCCAGUGAAAAUAAAGGAAAGGGUGCCUUAUCCAGUGCACGUCGCUAAACCAUACCCCGUUCCUGUACCGCAAAUUAUUAAAGUUCCACAUAUUGUAACACCGGGGAAUGGACAUAACAGUCAUGAAGCAUCGGAAGAUGGUGUACAAAAUAAUUCCUAUAAUGUUCAAGAAAAUCAUGAACCAUCUGAUGGUGGGCAGUCGUAUAGGCCUACGUCAAAUAUUCACUCCUUUGAAGGCAGCCCCAGUUAUAGUCAAGAUGCAGCCCAAUUUAGUGAAGAAUAUGCAGGGACGCCGUCUGGGUAUAACGCUCCAACAUAUAGCAAUUACGGUAAUUCUGGAAACGGUGAUAAUACUUUUGAACAUAACCAAUACGAGCAACUGAGAGACUUCCUCCCUCACAAUCAAGGCGCCGCGCAUUCGGACGGAGGAAAUAGUUAUUACCAUUAGUAUUUUCCUGUUUUAAAUUUCAAUACAAAGUUUUGUUAAAUAAUAUGUAAUUGUAAUAUGUAAUUAAUCUGCCAUGUUCAUUUACAUGUGAUGGAAUCAAAUGUUCUUGGAUAUCAAUGGCAUAUGAACGUUUUUAUAAGCUUGUUUGUUACUCUGUUUGUUACUAGAUGUGUAAUGUAUGUAGGUAAUUAUUUUUGUUGUAAAUUAUUAAACAACUGAAUUCAGA